AUGUACGAGCAAAAACGCGUGCGGGCACACAAACUCAAUGUGGAUCAUCAAGAGCCAUUUCCGCCCAACUCAACCAAGCGACCACUGCCUCACAGCAAGACAGCCAAGCUUGAUGAGGAACUUGUCAAAUUAAUAGUAAAGGAGUAUCACCCGUUCUCUCUUGUCGAAGGUGUACGCGAAAUUAUCAACGUUCAAGCUAAGGUUAAAGCCAUUGUUCGUUUUUUCAAGCAGAGUGCUCACGGACUGGCGAAGCUCCAAUCGAUGCAGCAACAAAUGGGUGCACCGAUGUUAAAAUUGAAACAAGACGUUCCAACAAGAUGGAAUUCCACAUAUGAAAUGUUUUCAAGGUUGAUAACUUUGAAGGAGGCUAUACAGUCGACACUGGCCAUCCUCGACUCCGGGGUGGAGUCACUCUCCCAGAGUGAAUGGCAUAUUGUGGAAAAAUCCUGUGACAUACUGAAGCCGUUUUUGGAAGUAACCACUGAAAUGAGUAGCGAGAAGGCAGUGACAGCAUCAAAAGUAAUUUUGCUGAGCAAUGCUCUUAUGGCCCACGUGGGAAACGCCGCAAAAGAUGAAAGCCUCCCUGAAACCUGCGCAAAAAUGGUUCAGGUUCUUGACGAGCAAAUGAAAAAGCGAUUUUCCGAUGUGGAAGCCGUGAAAAUACUGGCUGAAGCAACGUUUUUGGACCCUCGUUUCAAGAGACACGGGUUUCGUAAGGAGGUCACAUUCAGAAAUGCCUACCGUUGGCUCACACAACAAGCAAACUCCGUUGAAGUUGCAGAGUGCGACCAAUCAAGAUUCCAGCUUUCUGCACAGGAGGCAAACCAGGACUCUCCGUCCAUUUGGCAGACUUUCGACACAACUGUGUCGAGCCUCGUCAAUCCCGCAAAUCCAACUGCGGCUGGGAUACGCGAACUAGACAAAUACUUGCAGGAGCCCAUGAUUCCGAGGAAAACAAAUCCAAUUCUCUGGUGGAAAGAAAGGAGACACGUCUAUCCGCGUCUUUUUGAAAUAAUGAAGAGUCGAGGAGGCAAUGUCUCGCAGCCCUCUGCAAUCACACAGGCUGUGAUCGACAUUAUUGGUGAAGAUUCCUGGGGUUGA